UUAGAAAAUUUACGUAUUUCAUUCGGUUUGWAAGAAUUUAAAUCAGAAAUGGAAGUCCGUAACCGAAAAUCAGGCAGUGCAGAAAAUGUGGAUAAUGAUGGCGAUUUGAAUGAAAAAUUGCUCGGCAAUCGGCCGAUUCCGAUUGUUGUUGCAACGGAAGAGCACUCUUUUGAACUGGACGAAGAAGCUUUGGCUAAAGUGUUGCUAGACGACAGCAUCAAAGACAAGAAAGUUGCCGUGAUUUCUGUAGCUGGUGCUUUUAGAAAAGGAAAAUCUUUYCUGUUGGAUUUUUUUCUUCGUUAUUUGGAUCGCAAGGAUACCCAUGAUGACUGGCUUGGUUCUCCUAAUGAAGCCUUAGAGGGUUUUUCAUGGAGAGGAGGAUCUGAGAGAGAUACAACUGGUAUCUUAUUAUGGAGUAAGCCAUACUUGUGUAAAAGACCUAAUGGAGAUGAGGUUGUAGUACUAUUAAUGGACACCCAAGGUGCCUUUGACAGUACAUCYACUGUUAAAGACUGCGCUACCAUCUUUGCCCUUAGUACCAUGACUUGUUCCACACAGGUAUAUAAUCUUUCACAAAACAUYCAAGAAGAUGAUCUUCAACAUUUACAGUUGUUUACUGAAUAUGGGAAGCUGGCCAUGGAGAACAAUGACGUAAAGCCAUUCCAGCGACUGAUGUUUUUAGUAAGAGAUUGGAGUUUCCCCUAUGAGGCAGAAUAUGGCAGUGAUGGUGGCRAGCAGAUCCUGGAAAGAAGACUAAAGAUAUCAGAGAAGCAGCAYCCUGAACUACAGCAAGUCAGGAGGCAUGUGAAGGAAUGUUUUGACAGGAUUGGCUGUUACCUGAUGCCACAUCCUGGACUUAAGGUGGCAACAAAUCCUUCAUUUCAAGGGCAUUUAGUAGACAUUGAUUCUGAAUUCAAAGAACAACUAAAGGAACUGAUACCACGUCUAUUGGCACCAGAGAAUCUUGUGAUAAAGGGAAUCAAUGGAGAAGAAGUAACAUGUAGAGGAUUGAUGGAAUACUUCAAGGCGUAUAUGAAAAUAUUCCAAGGGGAUGAAUUACCACAACCCAAGUCUAUGUUACUGGCUACAGCAGAAGCUAAUAACCUGGCUGCCUUGGCCACGUCCAAAGACUUAUACAUUAAAGAGAUGGAUAACAUUUGCGGCGGAGACACGCCUUAUCUCGCACCUAAMGAACUGGAACGCAGGCACAACAGUACGCGGGAAAGCGUCCUUGAGCUUUUUCACAAAACACGCAAAAUGGGCGGCGAGUUUUUCAGCGAGGAAUACGCYACAAAACUUCUCCAUGAGAUCGACGGAGCAUUUGAGAACUAUGUCAAACUGAAUGACAGUAAAAACAUUUUCAACGCCGGUAGAACACCGRCUGUGCUWCUCUCGGUGAUCAUUAUCUCGUACGUGUUCUCAAGUCUGUUUAAUUCUGUUGGUUUGAUGUCGUUUGUACGGAUGUGCAAUCUCACGCUUUGGGUGGCUGUUAUUAUGCUCAUUGUAUGGUUUUAUAUACGAUUUACUGGCGAGUUUAGAGAGUUUGGUGCCAAGAUUGAUCAUUUAGGUGAAGUGGUCUGGGACGAGGUGUUCAUACCGCUGUACGAAGCAGUGCUGCAUCGCGGCGCACAGGCAGUAGCUUCGACAACUGCAAACCAGCUCUCGUCCAAGAAGACGAAAUAAUUGAGUUGAUUAUAUUCAAUUCAUAUUCUCACUGCCUGUCUGGAACAAGCCCCGUUACUAAAAAUUCAUUUUGAUAAUAAAUUUUGAUUUGAAAUAAUAUARCAAUGUAUCAAGGUCUUCUGUUGCUAUUAAGCGUAGAGAGACCCGAUAUGACGUAGCUCUUGAAAUUAGCCUAGCUCUCAAGCUCAUCCCUGCACUACCGUGAGAAUAUGGAUGAAUUCUUCAUUGAUUGAAUAUCUGACCACUAUAGUAGUUAAGAAUCUACUGAGAAACACUGUUAUGAUAGAAAAAAUAUCGGCAAACCCAUUCGAGUUCCAAAAUUGCAUUUAUCGUUAUAAGUAAGAGGACGGUAAAAAAAAAAAAACAUUGUAUGAGUUGAGAAAUGGAUGUCAGAAAACCAUUCAAGUGCUUGGGAAACCAUUUAAGUGCUUGGGAAACCAUUCAAGUGCUUGGGAAACCAUUUAAGUGCUUGGGAAACCAUUCAAGUGCUUGGGAAACCAUUUAAGUGCUUGGGAAACCAUUCAAGUGCUUGGGAAACCAUUUAAGUGCUUGGGAAACCAUUCAAGUGCUUGGGAAACCAUUUAAGUGCUUGGGAAACCAUUCAAGUGCUUGGGAAACCAUUUAAGUGCUUGGGAAACCAUUUAUGUGCUUGGUAAGCCAGGCAGAUGCCAGGCAAAUCCGGUUCUAUUUAUGCUCCGAUAAGUUGCGUGAUAGUUUAAGUAAGUUGUGCCAAGAACUUAGAAUGCAUCGCAUCGAAGUAUAAUUUUGCUGGUUUAAUAUUUUGAUCGCUUUGUAAAUAGAGAUAUUACAGUGUAGAUUAUUUAUACCACAAAUUAUUGACUUUACAAAAUUGUUUCGAAAUUCAAAUGAUAUUUGUACUUUACUAUAGAUUGUAGAAUAUCAAAAAUAAACAACAUGAACAGAAAUAGUUUUGAUGGAUUUAUUCUCAACGGAUCGGUAUUUUCUUUAACCAAUGCUGUCAGAAAUAUCGUUGGCGCGCGCAUGAAAAGCAGGUGUUCUUGGACAGCAUUUCGAUGAAAAUACUUUUUACAUUUUCGUACACGCAACUGCGAAUAUUUU